AGAGGUUCUGAGUUCUUCUCUACAUAUUUGACGAUUCUUGGAAGUUGUGUGUGACAGAUAACCUUCUCAACGCUGAGUGACUGUUGUGAUACAGCAUCAUGCAAAAUUAUGGCUCAAGUUAACAUUUUCCAACUGGACCACAUCUAAUCACAUCAAAUUUUGACGUGUAUGCGCGAUUCAUAUUAUGUCUCUCUCCUUGCCUGGCAUUUGCAUUGAUUUUAUAUGUAAACAUUGCCAUCCGAGUAUGAAUGCAAUUUGGGAUUUAAAACGAGACACAAUUUUGUAUUUUGAGUGUGACAAAAAGAGCGAAUAGCUACAAUGGACAGGUUUCCAAUUACGCCAUCUUGUGUGUCAUGGAGGUCAGAGAACACAGGUGAAGGUGAAGUUUUUUUCUAUCGUUAAUUUAUCCGAUUGGUCUAAGGGUGGUGGUGACGUCAUCCGAAACCUGUCCAUUUGGCAGAAAAAGUCUUGGUUUCUCCAAAAUAAAAAAAAAUGACAAAUUGUUGCAUCAUCACCACUUUUACAGGAUUGGUAUUUUCAAUGCAUGAGUAAAAUAUUAUAAGAAUUUACAAAAAUGAAAAUCACUGGAAUAAAGUUAGCGUUAAAUUAACACGCUUGAGCUCGUUUGGCCCAUGAUCACGUGAGGUCUCUGCCCGCCCACAGCCACCUGACCAGCGUCACGUGACCGCCAGUCUCGAGAGAGAGCGCGUGCUGUGCCGCCCGAUUCACGCGCACGCGCACGCGCUACAACACAGCGAAGCUAAAGCUGCUAGCUUCAACCGUAUGCUCCGCGGCCGCCAUGAGUUUCCUGGGGGGUUUGUUCGGGCCGGUGUGCGAGAUUGACGUCCUGCUCAACGACGCCGAGAGCCGGAAGACUGCUGAACUCAAGACAGAAGAUGGAAAAAUGGAGAAACAUUACAUGUUCUACGACGGAGAGUCCGUGUCUGGCAAGGUGACUCUAAAUGUCAAGCAGGGAGGAAAGCGACUGGAGCACCAGGGCAUCCGCAUUGAGUUUGUUGGGCAGAUCGAGCUCUUCUCGGACAAAAGCAACACCCACGAGUUUGUGGAUCUGGUGAAAGAGUUGGCAUUGCCGGGAGAGCUCAACCAGAACAGAAGCUACGACUUUGAGUUCAUGCAGGUGGAGAAGCCUUACGAGUCGUAUACCGGCGCUAAUGUCAGGCUAAGGUAUUUUCUCAGGGUGACGAUAGUUCGUCGACUGUCAGAUCUGGUGAAAGAGUAUGAGCUGAUUGUCCAUCAGCUGGCCACCUACCCAGACGUCAACAACUCAAUCAAGAUGGAGGUCGGCAUAGAAGACUGCCUUCACAUCGAGUUUGAAUACAAUAAAUCCAAGUACCACCUAAAGGAUGUCAUUGUUGGGAAGAUUUACUUCCUGCUGGUCAGGAUCAAGAUCCAACACAUGGAGCUGCAGCUCAUCAAGAAAGAGAUAACAGGCAUAGGUCCGAGUACGACCACAGAGACAGAUACUGUGGCCAAGUACGAGAUUAUGGAUGGGGCGCCGGUUAAAGGAGAAUCUAUUCCCAUCAGACUCUUUCUCGCAGGGUAUGACUUGACAGCCACCAUGAGGGACGUCAACAAGAAGUUCUCUGUACGCUACUUCCUGAAUCUGGUCUUAGUGGACGAAGAAGAUAGAAGAUACUUUAAGCAGCAGGAAAUCGUUUUGUGGAGGAAAGCCCCAGAGAAGAUGAGAAAACGAAACUUCCACCAGCGCUACGAGUCCCCCGACUCCCAAACUCCGCCCGUUAACGCGGAGCAGCCGGAGAUGUGAGGGCAAGCCACGGCCACGGACUGAAAACCAACAUCCGUACAGAUGACACGCAACUGGAUUCUUCACUGCUGAGCAGGUGUGACAGCUUUCCCCCACUCUCCGCUUGGACCGUAUACACGAUUACGCACGCCGUGACGUCUUCCUCACCUUGGCGUCAAACGUAUGCUGUCGUUUUGCGGGCGUACCGACACUCCCCUCACACACACACACACACGCACACUUGAAUUUGGACACGAGCAUGUUCUGCUGAAUGCCCGACGACGUGCUGACAUGACAAGGACAAAGAACCCGGCCACUACACGGGAUUUUUUUUUUUUUAGUCCUGUAUUUUGUUUCCAGUUUCAUCACGAGUUCACGCAUUGUAGAGCGUAACGUUGCAUCUGAUCACAGAUAAAUUACAUUAAAAGGUUGCAAAGGUAUUUAAUUCAGUUUUCACACUUUUGGUUUGUCUGGAAUUAUGUCACAGUAUCCACAGAUUAUGAGUAAUUUGUCGAACGUUUUUGAUGUACAUCUGCUCAUACUGUCGACAUGCUUCUUGGCGGGAAUUAUGUUUUCAGUUCUACCAUUUAAUGUAAUAAUUCUGCUGAAAUCUACUGUUGCAAGCACUGCUCAUCAGCUAUGAAUCCGCGGCUGUAUUUCACUGUGACAUUUAAAUGGUUAUAUGAUGUCAGCAAAACCCAUGUGAUGGGGAAUUUAGCUCAUAAGCUCUGUGUUGCACUUUUUCUCAUUAAAAAGGGUGCUAAAAUGGCCACUUUAACUCAAUUGUCAUUUAUGUACGUACUAUUAAGUGUUUUAAUUGGGAUUGUUUUUGUUUCAUGUGUAAAUCAGGACUCCACAACUUUUAUAAACUGCUAAACACUCAUGUCCACAUUUGAAAUUACACUCUCUUCACUUAAGAGUUGAAUGUGCCGUUACGCCCCCCUCCCUAAUUUUUUAGAACUGUUUAUUUUUCAAGAUUUUUUUUUUUCUUGCUGCCAGACUCCCAUUUGUCUUUCUGAUCAUGUUGGCUGUUUGGGUUUAAAAAACUGCAUAGGUCAACAAAGCUCAUUUGCAUGUUUAUUUUCUCAACUAUUUCUGUUGUAUAUAUAUAUGUAUAUUCAGUAUAUACAUUAAAUCCUUAAAUACUAAAAAUGAAUCACUAAUAAAGCGAAUUUAUAUUCA